AUGCAUCUCUUCGGCUGGAUGAGGUGGCCUCGCCUGGACGCCGAGAGGACCAGUGGCUCCCACUCCCACUCCCACUCCACAGCUGCUGUUGCCGCGGCCACGGGAUGCCUCCCGAACGGCGUGCUCCUCCGCGAGCUCCUCUGGCACUUGGAGCAGCGGGAGUGCCUGCUCCGCGAGGAGGCCUGGCACCUGUACUUGUCGCGCCGGGGCAUCCAGGGGUGCCGGCGCCUGCCGCCGCCGCCAGCUCACGCCAUGCCGCGUCCACUCGUGCCCAGCGCUGAGAGGCGGCAGCUGGAGCGCCUGUGUGCCCGCGUGCCACCGUCACACACUGCAGCCGUGCUGUCCAGGUUCCGUGAAGUACUGGCCACCAACGAGUUUCUGCCGUGGGAGCUGGUGUGCGUCUUCAAGCAGGUACUGCGAGACUUCCUGGUCCGAGAGGAAGAAGGAGCCCUGAGACGUCUCCCUCCACCACGGACACGAUCACGACCACUCCCUCCGCCCCCUCUCACACCCACAACGCCAGCGCGACCAGUGGCAGCUCCGUCAGCACCACACUCUAUGGACUAUCGACUUAGCGGCAGUCCACCGAGAGACACGUCCAGCCCACCUCCCCCUGGGCCGGACAGCGUGGAGGGACACCGUCGGGAGGAGAUCCCAACCAUCUCCAGCUACGUGGACCGCCACCUGAGUGCUGUCUGCCCCUACGCUGUCCACCGCGACUGGAGCCUGCCUUACUGCUACUCGGUUCCUUAUGACUGUCCGGAGGCCUACGGCACCACUCUGUAGAGUAUCCCCUGAACAGAACAGAAUGAACAGACUGUAGCAAAGAAGUUAUGCUGCAUUCCAGACAACUUGGAUGUCCGACUUCAAUUCCAACCUUGAAGUUGGGGUAGAUCGACUUACACCGAGUUCAGAAGUGAACUCCAACUUCAAGUGCCGUUCCAUGGUACUUCUUCCCCAGUAGGAGGUCAGAAUUCUAGACUUCCGAGUUUGUCUGGAAUGAAAUUGGGAGAUUCCAACUAGGAAAUAUCUGACUUCUGAGUUGUCUGGAAUUCAGCAUUAAGACCAGUUCACCAUUAUAGUCCAUGUCAACUGCUGGAUUUCACCCUCAACACAACUGUCACACAAACACACACAGUUUAACUUCUUGUACCCGACAGUUGUAUGGCUUUUACUUACCACUAAAGGACAAACCUGAUUUUUUUUUUUCAAAGAGGGGAUCCCCUGUGACAUUGAGCCUCCUCCAUCUAUUCCAGCUAGCAUAAAGUGGCACAUUUUGUGUUAAAAAGUCCCAUAUCUUGAUCUGCCCUCUACCUGAUUUGUCCCACCAGUGAGUACACACUCUCCUCUCAAAACAUUGUAUUGUUGUUACCCCAACGCUCAGGGUUCUGACUUAUCCUACAAUGUCUUGUCUUGAUGGAAGUAGUGGUAAAGCAUUUUAUUAGUACUGGAGAUGGAAGCAUAUACUUCAUGUCUAUUUUAUUCUAGAUUUCUAUCAUUUGUUACAGCAGAACUAAGUUGAUCUGAUUUUGAAUAUUUCAGUAUUGCUGAUGAAACAAUGGAAAACGUUGCACACAAAAUCAAAGGUGUGUGAAGCUAAUACUUCAUGGAA